AUGAAUUACGUUGCGUACAUACCCUUGCUGGCCAUUGCCCUUCUUGCGUGGGUGAUAAUUCGCCGACUCCUCUUCAACCCUCUCCUGGGUAUCCCUGGCCCAUGGACAGCCCGCAUCUUCGGCUUCUACGAGUUCUACCACAACAUCUGGCGAGACGGAGAGUGGUGCAAGACUUUUCCCGAGCUACAUAAAAGAUACAGCUCACCCGUUGUCCGCAUCGGACCAAACCACGUCCAUAUCAACAAUAUUGAAGCUUAUGAGCAUAUCUUCCGCCUGGGCACCGACUUCUACAAAGAUGAAUCCUUCUACACCUGCGCUGAUAACCACGGAUCUGUCUUCUCCCUAUCAGACCGCGACGAUCACCGCGAGCGACGGAAGGUGCUCGCUCCGAGGUUCUCGAAACAGGCGGCCGAACUUGCGGCGCCAAAAAUUCAAGCUAGAUUGCAGGAUUUGGUGCAGUUUAUGGUGAAACAGUCGAGAAAGGGAGAGGGGUGCAACAUUACGGAUUUGUUUCGGGCUGUUGCGAUAAACUGGGUGGCGGACGUGUUUCUUGGAGAUUGCGGCGACUGGGUUAAUUACGAGGCUAGAAAGCUGGAUAUGCUUGAGGACAUUGAUGGGCUUUCUGCCUUGAUUCCUACUCUCCGAUUUUUCCCAUACCUCGCUACAUUAAACUCGCUUCUACCAUCAUCUGUUGUUAACUACCUCACUCCUUCAGCAGUAGCAGGCUUCAAGAAGAUAUGCAAAGACCACACACGGCCUCUCCUCAACACUCCCACAAAAGAAAUGGCCCGUAGAACAGAAGCGUCCGUCGCUGAGCUCCUGAUUUUUCAUCGGCUUGAAAAUACCGGGAAACCACCUACAUUAGACUACCUAGCCGAAGAGGCUUUCGCGUUUAUCGAUGCCGGCGUGGACACCACGGGUGGGACGCUAGUUACGGCUCUAUAUCAUGUUCUCAAGAGUCCUGAGAUUUUGCGGAAAUUAAGAAAGGAGCUUGAUGAAGCAAUGAGACGACAGGCAAAAAGUACGGAUAUCGAUCCGAGGAAACUGGGUGAGCUUCCGUAUCUGAAUGCCAUAAUCAAGGAAAGCCACCGAAUAUGGCCUGCCAUUCCAGGUCCUUUACCGCGUGUUGUUCCUCCUGCGGGCAUUAACAUUGGCUCUUACUUUAUUCCUGGUGGUACCACUGUAUCGGCAACACAUCAUUCUCUACACUACAAUGAAACUAUAUUUCCCGAACCACAUAAAUUCAACCCCGAGCGAUGGCUUAAAGAGGAGAAAAGUGAGGGUGGGCGGUAUCUGAAUCCGUAUAGCCGGGGAACUAGGGCAUGUAUUGGGAUUAAUCUUGCGCAAAUACAGCUUCGUCUGACCCUCACCCAUCUUUUUGGCCAGUAUGAGUUGGAGCUGUGUGAUCCCGUUCCGUCGAGGCACGAGUGGAAGGAUCAUUUUGUUGCGCACCCAAAAGAACCAAUUUUUGUUAAGUUUAGAGAAAGGAAGGGACAGGUGGAAUCAGUGGUUCAGUCAGGCGAUGAGGAAGGUAGAGGGUGUAAAACCAAUUUCGUUAUGUAG